UACACAACAAUGCGGCUUCUCAGUCGGUCACAUUACAGGGAAGAAAAAGGAAAGAAAGUACGAAGAGAGAUAAAGGAAAAACAAACGACAGUGAUUUUAUCUAUAUGACAGGCGGUGGCGUCGUUAUCUCCAGGGACAGAAAAACCCAAAAGAAGAUGGAGACAUGUUAGUAUUGAGCUUCAGAUGUGACAAGAGGACAGUGGUGGCUAUGAGAUAAACACGUGUAUAAACAACCAGCUGAGGAAAAGUAGGAGGGAAGAAGAUGAAGCUGAACGAACGCAGCGUGGCGCACUACGCCACCUGUGACUCACCGCCAGACAAGACAGGCUUCCUGUUCAAAAAGGGUGAGCGCAACACAGCGUAUCACCGGCGCUGGUUUGUCCUGAAAGGAAACAUGCUCUUCUACUUUGAGGAGCGCGAGAGCCGAGAGCCCAUCGGUGUCAUCGUCCUUGAAGGAUGCACCGUGGAGCUGUGCGAGUCAGCCGAGGAGUUCGCCUUUGCCGUCAAGUUUGACUGUGCCAAAGCCCGGGUGUACAAGAUGGCUUCUGACAACCAAGCAGGCAUGGAGUCGUGGGUGAAAGCGUUGUCGAGGGCCAGCUUUGACUACAUGAGGCUGGUGGUGAAGGAGCUGGAGAGGCAGUUGGAAGAGAUCCAGGAGGCAGCAGGAGGAGACUGCGUCGGGGCUGGAGGCCUGCAGGGCAGGUCCAAGCCCUCCAGGAGACACCAAGUUUCACGGUCCAGAUCAGGAGCAUCCUCUUCUUCAUCUUCAUCAUCUACAUCCUCCUUAUCCUCAUCAUCAGGGGCCCCUCCCAUGGCAGUCAACUAUUCUGCCCAGAGGAGCUUCCAGGAUGAGGUGCAGCUCAUGUCUGAUUGUCCCAAGGAGAACGGAGUUGCGUGGAGUAAACCAGCAGUCUCAUUGGCUAACGGCUUUGCUGAGGAAGCGUCCUCCUGUGCGGCCUGGGAGGCCUGCUCAGACUCUGGGAGUAACAGUGGUCCAGGGGCCGAUGGGGUGAGGGCUCCACCGGUGCCACGCAGGAGACGAGGAGCCUCUCUGGAAAGCCCCGUCUCCCCUGGCACCGGCUGCUUCUCCAAACUCCAUGACUGGUACGGCAAAGAGGUGGAGGAAGUGAGAGUGCAGUGGCUGCAGAGCAAGUGAACUUAUUGAGAUAGGUUAUAUCUUUUUCCACAGUUUUAUUAUUCCUUCCUGAUCAUUCUGCGACCCAACAGACGGGCGACAAAACUGAGACCUUUUUUGCACAUUGCAGUCUUAUCACAGAUAAAAAAAGACAAAUAGAUUACUAGAUUGAUUCCAUAUCUUGGCUGGCACAGGGGAAUCAAUCUUUCUUAAACAUUAGCACUAUCCAUUGUACAACGCAACACAUUUUAAUCACAGUAUGCUAACAGGUUUGAAUGUCAUUUGCCAACGACAAUUAUAAAUAUUUGAGAAUUAAAAUGGUAAUCAUUUAUUAAAAGCAUCAGUUUUUCUGAUGCUACACUUAAUUUAGAACUACGCUGUUUUAUUUUUACAUUGCCAAUUUUAAAGAGUUCUUCUCCAUUCCUCUAGCUUACACAUAUUCCAAACAUAUGCAAUUGUAUUGGGGUCAGAUCUCAUUAAAGCUGAAGCAACCUUGAUAAAGUAUGUUCUCUAUAUGUUUACAUGCAAAAUCCGGUGCUAAGCAACUGAAAAUACAUAAAAAUAACUGCUUAAAUCACCACAUCAAGGUUUAUUAUUGAUCCUAGCCCGUGAUGGUAACAGUGUGUUCUAUGCAAAUGAAAUAAAGAAGGCCACACAAGUAACAAUCUGGAGACAUUGCGUAAAACAAAUCCUAAUCCAUGGAUCAGGUUGCUAUAGUCACACGUUAUCUGCAGCAUACAGAGGAGAAAGAUAAGAGGAAAUCCUGUUGCUUUAAGAUUGAUGAUAAAAUGAUGAAAUAGAGAAAGAGCACUGUUUGUACAGCUGAUGACAUUUUUAUAAUCUCAUGGCAAAGGCACCAAGACAAUUAACAUCAAUCCAGUUCAGCAUUUCCAGCUUCCUGUAACUUCCUGUAACUUUGAGAUAAGAAGUAGUGUCAGGGAACACUAGACCAGUUUCCGCACAUCUCGACCGAGAGAAGUUGCGGCGGCUAAGGUCAUCCUCUCGACAGUGGCCGUGGUGGAGCUGCAUGUCUCGCUCAGAGCUACACACUUGUAUUUUUAGCCUUUGUUAGCUUGCGGCCAGAUGAUGCUGUGUCACAAGAGUACGUGUCACUUAGUUCUCGUUUGACUCUUGGAUUUCAUAGAAGGAGAUGUUUUGUCUUGUCUCGCAGGAGUUUUUUUAUUUGCCAUAGUUAUUAUGUUAUAAUUCCUUUUUUUUACAAUCAAAUCAUUUUAAUUCAGUCAUACAGUGUGUUGUGACAUGUAUGUGAACAUUUAACCUCUUGGUUUGCAUUUCAAUAUUUUGCUCUUCCAUGUUGGAAAAUAACACCAGCAGUCUUGGGCCUUUUUUAAAUGAUUGUGUUACUAUAAUUAUUUUGUAUUUCUAUAUUCAAUCACAAAGCAUUCUUGAUUUAUAUUUGCCAUAUGUUAACUUUAUAACUCUGGUAUUGUACUUGCAACCAUUGCCACUGUGUUGAGAGGGUUACUGUACUGCUGCUAUUCUUUCUUCCUUUCUUUCUUUCUAUCUUUCUUUCUUUCUUUGUAAUCACUUUUGACAAGUCUGCAUCAUUGCACAGCGCUAUCGUUUCUCUACACUUGACUUGUAUAGAAAUGACAAUGUGGGGAGUAGUGGUAAAGUGUGGAUGUUUUUUUACAGCUACAUCAAAGUGGUAUGCUCUUGACAUGAUUUCAACAAAAUUAUACUCGUGCCAAUUUUAUGAACUCCAGAAGAGCACUCCUGUAAUUAUAGAUGACAAAAGUCGGUUUUUAAUAAUAACAAUAUGUAAAGAAAUGUGUCAAAGUGUCAAACGAACCGUAUUAUUAUUUUUUUCUCCAAAAGUGCCAACAGAGAAAUGCAAUCUAAAUUCACGUUAUUAAAAUGGUCAAGGCUCUCUUUCUCUAUUGAAUUCCACAAUCGUAGUCAAGUAUUUAAUGUUCUAGUUCACAAUAUGAGUAUUAUUUGAAAUAACCAAUGAUGUUGUGGAUUUGACACAUUUUUCUGAUAUGGUACCAUGAAAAGAGGUUUGUUUAUAAAGAAUUGAAUGUAAACCCUUAAAUAAACAGUGUUAAUAUGUUAUGAUGUGAA